UACGACCGCAUAUCCAUCGUAGUACUAGACCCUUAGAGGACCUCUCACCAUCUCUGUCAGCCCUCUAAGCUCAACUCUACAAAGUAAAGCAAUGCUUGUCACCGCACUCACAGAGCUACUGGGAAUACAAGUGCCUGUGGUGCAAGGUGGUAUGCAAUGGGUCGGCGUCCCACAGCUUGUGGCGGCAGUCUCAAACGCAGGAGGGCUCGGCAUGCUCACCGCCCUUACUCAACCCAAUCCGGAUGCCCUACGUGAAGCUAUCCGCGAAACUCGGAAGCGCACAUCGAAGCCGUUCGGCGUGAACAUCACGCUUCUUCCCUCGAUCAACCCACCAGACUAUGCAGGUUAUGCGCGAGCAGCGAUCGAGGAAGGGGUCAGGAUAUUCGAGACUGCGGGGAAUAACCCGGGUCCCUUGAUCCGGUAUUUCAAAGACCACGGAUGUAUCGUGAUUCACAAGUGCACAACCAUCCGGCAUGCUCAGUCAGCAGCAAAACUCGGGGUAGACUGUCUGAGUAUAGAUGGCUUCGAAUGCGCAGGACAUCCUGGAGAAGAAGACAUUGGUGGCCUGGUCCUGCUUGCGCGGGCGGCACAGGAGCUGAAUGUCCCGUACAUUGCAUCAGGAGGCAUCGCCGACGGAAGGGGACUCGCAGCAGUGAUGGCUUUGGGAGCUUGUGGGGCGAACAUGGGCACACGUUUCAUGUGUACAGUAGAAAGCCCGAUCCACCAGAACGUCAAGGACAAGAUCGUCGCGUCCUCCGAGACAGACACGGUGCACAUAUUCCGCACCCUGCGCAACACCGCUCGGGUGUACAAGAACGCGGUCUCGACGCAGGUCGUCGCGCUCGAGCACCGCCCGGGCGGGGCCAAGUUCGAGGAGCUGCGGGACCUCGUCGCAGGUGCGCGGGGCCGGAAGGUGUACGAGGUUGGCGACACGGAUUAUGGCAUCUGGAGCGCGGGCAUCAGCGUCGGGUUGAUCAAGGACUGUCCGACGUGCGAGGAAUUAGUGAAGCGCAUCGAGCGAGAGGCUGAGGAGGUGAUCAGCAAUUUGGGAAAGUUGAAGGUUGAGAAGGCGAAGCUGUGAAAGAAUGUUCUACUAUUUGGAUGUACUUUAGAUGUACGAUGUAAAGCUUACUGUUGUAUCUACAUGGGAAAUACUGGACCA